UCAGGCGUUUCCGGCCCCGGAUGAUCAUGGCAGCGUUCAGAACACGAGCGUCGUGGAGGCACCUGACCUGUUCUCGGGGCGCGGAGCGGUUCUUUUUCUGUGCCCGAACGCGGCCCAGCACCCUACUGCAGCCGCUGCCCGGGCCCUGCGGGGCGGGGUCGCCAUGCCGCCGGCUCGCUUCUGAGGCUGCAGCAUGUGGUAACUCAGAGAUCCAGAAACGUACAUUUAUGGAUGAGGAAGUCCAAAGCAUACUCAUCAAGAUGACCGGUUUGAAUUUGCAGAAGAUUUUUAAGCCAGCUCUGCAAAAACUGAAGCCCCCAACCUAUAAGCUGAUGACCCAGGCACAGUUGGAAGAGGCUACAAGACAGGCAGUUGAGGCAGCUAAAGUACAAUUAAAAAUGCCACCAGUUCUGGAAGAGCGAGCACCAAUAAAUGAUGUGUUAGCUGAAGAUAAGAUUUUGGAAGGAACAGUAACAGCCAAAUACGUGUUUACUGAUAUAUCGUAUAACAUACCACACCGGGAGCGUUUUAUUGUCGUCAGAGAACCAAGUGGCACACUACGCAAAGCCUCUUGGGAAGAACGGGAUCGGAUGAUUCAAAUUUAUUUCCCAAAAGAAGGUCGUAGAAUUUUGACACCAAUAAUUUUCAAGGAAGAAAAUGUUAAGACCAUGUACAGUCAGGACCGGCAUGCUGACGUCCUCAAUCUCUGCAUUGCCCAGUUUGAGCCAGAUUCUGCUGAGUAUAUUAAGAUUCAUCAUCAGACCUAUGAAGAUAUAGAUAAACACGGAAAAUACGACCUUUUACGUUCAACAAGACACUUCGGUGGAAUGGCUUGGUAUUUCAUAAAUGAGAAAAAGAUCGAUGGCUUGCUGAUUGACCAGAUUCAGAGAGAUUUAGUUGAUGACGCCACCAGCCUGGUCCAGCUGUAUCACAUGGUUCAUCCAGAAGGCCAGUCAGCUCAAGAGGCCAAAGAGCAGGCUGCUGAGGGAUUAAACUUAAUUAAGGUCUUUGCAAAAACUGAAGCACAGAUGGGAGCAUAUAUAGAAUUAAUACUGCAGACAUAUCAAGAUGCAUUCAUUAACCAUUCUGCAGCUUCCUGAAAGUAUCUUUAAGCAUAAACUCCGAAGAACACACAGGAAGGGAAAGGAAAUAUUUGCAACAAAAUUUUGGAAGUUGGAAAGAUGGUGGACAAGUACACACACACUUAGAACACUAGAGAAAACAAAUCCUAAACCAGGAAUAUAGAAACUAUCCAAAGAAGAAGCUGUAUAAGGCAGGUUUAUUCUUUGGAGAGGGUAAGUGGGUACACUAGAAGGUCUAGGGGAUACUCAACACACUUGGAGAAAGAAAUAUCAAGUGGAAAACAGGAGAUUAUGGGAAUGGAUACAGAGUCUAAGUGAAAUACUAAAUGUUGAGACUCUAAGCCUUCCUUUCUCCUACUUGGCUCCUAGAGUGAUUAAGGAGCUUCUCUGUACAACUAGCCCAAGGACAAAGACUUGAAAAUACUAAAAUGUCAACUCCAUGCCCUGCUAGAACAGUGGUUCAAUGUUAAGUGCUCAUGCAAUUAAGUGAAUGUAUGUGUUAAAUGAACUCAUUAAAUGACUAGAUAAAGAUUCUUAACCCUUGCAGAACUUAUUUUAUGCUUUUUCAAAAGUACAGAUAUAACUCAUUUAAAAAUACUUCAUUAGGAAGAAGGCAAAUGGGAUAGGGAAAAUUAGAAAUGAAAAUAUUAAUAGCAUGGAAAAGAAGUCUAUAGAAAAAGACUACUACUAAUCACCUUCAACAUUUAAAAGGGGUACUAAGGACACUGAGAAAGGAGAGGGAAGAAUAUAGGGAGAGUGAACAAUAUGCUCUAACAUGGUUUAAACUUACAGGAGAAAUUCAAUUUACAUAAGGAAAUCAGUGUCAAUUGAAAAAUAAAAUUUUUCCAAAUCCAUACUAAUAUUUUUUCAAAUCAACUGGUUUUAAAAAACAAAGAAAAAUUUUUCUUACUUGCUUUUCCAAAAAGUGUGCAACUCUUGUCCUCUGUUCUUUUGGAAUGGUAGGGAGGACCUUAUCAGCCAUGCUAAAGUCCCUUCUCAUGACAGCAGUCUGGUAUUCCAGCACUGAAACGAGCAGGGAGUAGCUAACGAUGUUCAGUUCUUUAUCCCCCAGAUAAAGCCUGUUGUCUUUAGGAAUAUAGCCCAGGAGAUACAUUGUCCUACAGUAAAAACAAAAACUAAUUCAGAAAUAAGCCCAGAUUAAGCGCACGCACUCACACACAAAAAACACCUGCUGUAUUAUAUUUAUACGUAAAUGUGUGCCUCUUGCCCAGAAUCCUUCCAUUUGAUUAAUGCAAUAUUAUUAACAAUAGCCAACCUACUAAAACUACCAACACUGAAAAAUUAGGCCUAUCAUUGCUAUAAGCCGGCAACAGGUUUUGUUUAAAGAGCAUGCUUUUAAAUUCAUGAUGCUUAACACAAAGGCAAAAAGAUACUCAGCUACCUGUCCAAGUGAGCAAUGGUGACUAUUUCUCCUCCGACAUAAUAAUUUAAUCUGUUGACAGAACUUGUAUAAAUGAAACAAUCGCCUACCCACAGCCCUGUUUUCACAAUUUCCUGAAUCUCACCAAGAACCUGCAGAAAGGGUAAAAAAAAAAAAAUAAGA